UUCAAAAAUAAAAAUAAAAUAAAAUAAAAUAAAAAGUUCAGAAGUAAGGAAAUUAAUAAAAUAUUUGUUUUUAAAAGUUUUCUAAGUUUAACAGUUUUUCCUCUGAGGGCGGGUGUGGAAUCUGCAGAUCAAAGGUGAUUGAUAGGAAGAUUUAAUAGCAAUUACCAAAAGCUUGCAGAAUCACCCAUCACCGGUGUUUCAGUUAAUGCUCUCACAGCUUUUACCGUAAGUCGGCUUCUUCAAGAAGAAUUACUUAAUAUUGUGCUUCUGAGUCUGAAUUUGGACACAUUUCAUCACAAAAAAAAAAAAAAAAAAGGUUUGAAUUUGGAUAUUGGUAGAGCUGUCUGAAGUUCCAGCUCCACUGAAUUAAGUGAUUGCUAAGUUUGGUCUCUAUGGGGACAUCUAAGUGAUUAAGUGUACCACCUCCAAGGAUCUGGCUUCGUCGUGUACCUUAAUUUCCUAGCAAAAGAAAAUUGAUGUCGAAGUUUGGAAAUUAGAUGCUGAUAUUAGGAUAUGGAUCAAGGAACCCAUCAGUUUCUAUGUCAGGCGCAAACCAGGAGACUAGUAUUGUUGUUAGGGAUAACAGUUGCUAUAGUUUUACUGGUUCAGUAUGUUGAACUUCCAUAUCCUACAGUUCUAUCAUCUCUAUUUUUAACUAGAGGAUCAUCAUCUACAUCAGAAACUAAUGGUAACAAGGAAAUAUCAAAAGGUUUGAAUUCAACGUAUGUAGAUAUUGGACAAGCAAGUAGUGACACAGAAACUGAUGAAGGAAAUAAUUUGAGUGGAAGUCCCAGAGACCCUAAGGUUAAUAGCGACUCUGCAAGUAGCAAAGGCAAGAAUGAUUUUCCAUUGGUAAUUAAAGAUUCUUCACAUGUAGACUUAGAUAAAAGUUCCAUGUCAAAAAAUGAGAAUAUUUCAGCAAAUGGUCCAGCAAUAGUGAAGGCUAGAGAAUCUGAAUAUGACAUUUCCUUAAAGAAUGAUACUGAGGACACAAAUUCUUCAUCGAGCAGCAUACAGCCUGAAGAUUUGGCACCGACAGAUUCAGAUUCUUCAGCAAGGUAUUUAAAGCCAGAAGAUAUGGCAUCCAACGAGACAAUUUCUUCGUCAAGCAGCAUACAGCCAGAAGAGGUAGUUUUGCCGGAAGAAUCAAAUGGAAACUUACAAGCGUUGUCACCAAGCUCAUUGCCCAACAAAACAAUUCCAACAUACAAAGUUACAGAAUCUAGAAGUCCUGUAAUAUCAGCAGACACUGCUAACAGAACUUCAGAGAACAAGUAUACAGCAGGCAAGAGAAAAAGGGGUGAAAGAGCUGCUUCGUUGAAAUCUAGUCGUUCAAAAUCCAAGAAGAAAUCUUCUACUAAUGUUUCAAAGGAUAAAAACUCAAAGAAGCCAAAAUCUGUAGUACCAAUAUCUGAGAUGAACAAAUUGUUGUUGCAGAGUCUCGCUGGAUCCAAUAAAAUGGUAGCAAAUUGGUUAGCACCAGUUGACCAGGAAGUAUUAUUUGCAAAAUCACAGAUUGAGAAUGCACCUAUCACAAAGAAUGAUGAAAUUCUACAUUCGCCUAUAUUUAGGAAUCUUUCCAUGUUUAAAAGGAGUUAUGAAUUAAUGGAAAACAUGCUCAAAGUCUACAUAUACCAGGAAGGAGAAAAACCUAUAUUCCAUGAGCCGAUACUGGAAGGAAUAUAUGCAUCUGAAGGAUGGUUCAUGAAACUGUUGGAAGCAAACAAAAAUUUCAUCACGAAAGACCCCACAAAGGCUCACUUAUUUUACUUUCCUUACAGUUCGCAAAUGCUAAAAAUUCAAAUUUAUGUGCCAAAUUCGCACAAGCGUGCUAACGUGAUUAAGUACAUGAAAGACUAUGUAGAUAUGAUAGCUGCCAAAUAUUCUUUCUGGAACAGAACUAAUGGGGCAGAUCAUUUUCUUGCUGCCUGCCAUGAUUGGGCACCGGCUGAGACAAGAGGACGCAUGCUCAGUUGCAUCAGAGCCCUCUGCAAUGCUGACCUUGAAGCAGGCUUCAAGAUAGGCAAGGAUGUGUCUCUUCCAGAAACCUACGUACACUCAAAAAAGAAUCCUAUCAAAUAUCUUGGUGGCAACCCUCCCUCUCAAAGGCAUAUCCUGGCUUUCUUUGCGGGAAGAAUGCAUGGUUAUGUCCGGCCGAUUCUGUUGGAGUACUGGGAGAACAAAGACUCGGACAUGAAAAUCUUUGGCCAGCUGACUGGUGUCAACAACAGGACAGACUAUUUCCACUAUAUGAAGAGCAGCAAGUACUGCAUCUGCGCGAGAGGUUACGAAGUCAAUAGCCUCAGAGUGGUGGAAGCUAUAUUCUAUGAUUGUGUUCCAGUUAUUAUAUCUGACAACUAUGUACCGGCCUUUUUUGAGAUUUUAAACUGGGAAUCCUUUGCUGUUUUUGUUUUGGAGGAAGAUAUUCCAAAUUUGAAGAACAUACUCCUUUCUAUCUCAGAGGAGAGAUACAUGGAAAUGUAUAUGGGGGUGAAAAAGGUACAGCAGCAUUUUCUUUGGCAUGAUCAGCCUGUGAAGUAUGAUUUGUUUCAUAUGAUUCUCCAUAACGUCUGGUACAAUAGAGUUUUCCGAACAAGACCAACAUAAGUCUAUUGUAAAAAUGAUUUUGAUUUAGAAAGUGAUUAAUAGUUGCGUUAACAGAAUUGUAUUUGCGCUCAUUUUACUUGUUCACAGAAAUGUAGUUUGAGAAUGAGAAAAUCAAUGCUUACAGCUUUGGUUCGCAGUGAAAGUAAAAAAUCUUGAACUCUA